AUGAAGCUGGUGCCGAAGAUGGAUUCGAGCCCAGACAAUGACAGCUGGUUGGAGGACCAGUGGGAGCGCUGGCUCACCCACGACAUCAGCUUGGAGGAGUUUGAGGAUGAAGACCUCUCAGAGAUCACCGAGGAGUGUGGCAUCAGCCUGCAGUGCAAAGACACCCUGUCCUUGCGGAUGGACCUGAUCGACGCGGCGGGGGAUUCAAUCCCAGAAACCAGGAGCAACAACGAGGAGAAAACUGAGGCCGCGGCGCGGCGGCCGGGAGCGGGGCCGCCUGAGGCCGAGCCCCGCCAAGAGCCGGCGCCCCGCGGCCAGGGCCAGGGCCAGGGCAGUGGGGACACAUAUCGGCCCAAGCGGCCCACCACGCUCAACCUCUUCCCGCAGGUGCCGCGGUCUCAGGACACACUGAAUAAUAAUUCUCUGGGCAAGAAGCACAGUUGGCAGGAUCGGGUGUCUCGAUCAUCCUCACCCCUGAAGACAGGGGAGCAGACGCCACCACAUGAACACAUCUGCCUGAGCGAUGAGCUGCCGCCCCCCAGCAGCCCCGCCACCACCAAGGAUCGAGGCACCUCCACCGACAGCCCUUGCCGCCGCAGCGCCGCCACACAGAUGGCACCUCCCGGUGGCCCCCCCGCUGCCCCACCGAGCAGCCGCGGCCACUCGCAUCGAGACCGCAUCCACUACCAGGCGGACGUGCGGCUAGAGGCCACCGAGGAGAUCUACCUGACGCCGGUGCAGAGGCCCCCGGACCCUGCAGAGCCCACCUCCGCCUUCCUGCCGCCGGCUGAGAGCCGGAUGUCGGUCAGCUCCGAUCCAGACCCUGCCACCUACCCCUCCACUGCAGGGCGGCCGCACCCCUCCAUCAGUGAGGAGGACGAGGGCUUCGACUGCUUGUCGUCUCCAGAGCGGGCCGAACCCCCGGGCGGAGGGUGGCGGGGGAGCCUGGGGGAGCCACCGCCGCCUCCGCGGGCCUCGCUGAGCUCGGACACCAGCGCCCUGUCCUACGACUCGGUCAAGUACACGCUGGUGGUGGACGAGCACGCGCAGCUGGAGCUGGUGAGCCUGCGGCCGUGCUUCGGAGACUACAGCGACGAGAGCGACUCGGCCACCGUCUAUGACAACUGCGCCUCUGCCUCCUCGCCCUAUGAGUCAGCCAUUGGGGAGGAAUAUGAGGAGGCCCCCCGGCCGCGGCCCGCUGCCUGCCUCUCCGAGGACUCCACGCCCGACGAGCCCGACGUCCACUUCUCCAAGAAGUUCCUGAACGUCUUCAUGAGUGGCCGCUCUCGCUCCUCCAGUGCGGAGUCCUUCGGGCUCUUCUCCUGUGUCAUCAACGGGGAGGAGCAGGAGCAGACACACCGGGCCAUAUUCAGGUUUGUGCCUCGACAUGAAGACGAACUUGAGCUGGAGGUGGAUGACCCGUUGCUGGUGGAGCUGCAGGCCGAGGACUACUGGUAUGAGGCCUACAAUAUGCGCACAGGCGCCCGGGGCGUCUUUCCCGCCUACUAUGCCAUCGAGGUCACCAAGGAGCCUGAACACAUGGCAGCCCUGACCAAAAACAGCGACUGGGUGGACCAGUUCCGGGUGAAGUUCCUGGGCUCGGUACAGGUCCCCUAUCACAAGGGCAACGACGUGCUCUGUGCUGCUAUGCAAAAGAUCGCCACCACCCGCCGGCUCACCGUGCACUUUAACCCGCCAUCCAGCUGCGUCCUGGAGAUCAGCGUGCGGGGUGUGAAGAUAGGCGUCAAGGCUGAUGACUCCCAGGAGGCCAAGGGGAAUAAAUGUAGCCACUUUUUCCAGUUAAAAAACAUCUCUUUCUGUGGAUACCAUCCAAAGAACAACAAGUACUUUGGGUUCAUCACCAAGCACCCUGCUGACCACCGGUUUGCCUGCCACGUCUUUGUGUCCGAGGAGUCCACCAAAGCCCUGGCGGAAUCCGUGGGGAGAGCGUUCCAGCAGUUCUACAAGCAGUUCGUGGAGUACACCUGCCCCACGGAAGACAUCUACCUGGAGUAG